UGUGUACUGUGUGUUGGUGAUCGGGAUGAUCCCGUUGAACAUUGCUGGCCUCUUUGUCUCAGUGGUUUGACUACUGCUCGUGGAGGAGGGCUCGAACGAGUGGUCUGCGCGCGCCCGUACUUUCGUCAAGCAGCAAAGAGGCAGGCAGAAACGGUGCAUCCAUCCCGACAGGAGACAUCGUUUGAGCACCGCGGUUUCGUGUGGCUCCCAACAGAAGGCGAUCUUCGACCAGGACAAGUCUGCCGGGAGAUUCCAACUACCGGUAUGGAUUCCAGAGGUGGUAACCAUGUACUAGUGCACCACUGGGCAUUUCUUGUUUCUUGCCUACUAUUGCCACUGUACGUAUGCACAACACAACUGCCCUGGACCAAAAGUACCAAGUAUGAAGACUUAUUCUGCAUUGGGGCUACCGGUGAUUCUGGAGGUUUUACAUUUUGUUUGUGCCAAACCGCCUCCUUCGAAAAACGAAAUGGGAAAUGUAAAAUCAAAUGCUCGAAAAUGAAGUGCCCGGCAAAUGCAGAGUGUGUGUACGGAGAUUCUGCUGUAAGUUGUGCCUGCAAUCAAGGGUUCAUUAAUAUUAACAACACCACUUGCGAGAUGCCCAGACCCUGCGCAAGUCACCCAUGUUCUCCGAUGGCCAGCUGCUCUGACAAGGGAAGUGGAACAGCGCACACUUGCACCUGCCUAAUAGGAUACAGCGGAAACGGGAACCACUGCACUGACACCAAUGAGUGCGUUACGGGAGUACACAGUUGUCAUGCCAAUGCAACCUGCAAUAACACGAAAGGUUCAUUUGAAUGCGCUUGCCAGAAUGGUUUUACAGGAAAUGGUACUCACUGCUCUGACAUUGAUGAAUGCCACACUGGAGGACACAGUUGUCAUGCCAAUGCAACCUGCAAAAACACAAAAGGUUCAUUAGAAUGCGCUUGCCAGAAUGGUUUUACAGGAAAUGGUACUCACUGCUCUGACAUUGAUGAAUGCCGCACUGGAGGACACAGUUGCCAUGCCAAUGCAACCUGCAAUAACACAAAAGGUUCAUUUGAAUGCGCUUGCCAGAAUGGUUUUACAGGAAAUGCUACUCACUGCUCUGACAUUGAUGAAUGCCACACUGGAGGACGCAGUUGUCAUGCCAAUGCAACCUGCAAAAACACAAAAGGUUCAUUUGAAUGUGCUUGCCAGAAUGGUUUUACAGGAAAUGGUACUCACUGCUCCGACAUUGAUGAAUGCCGCACUGGUAGACACAGUUGUCAUGCCAAUGCAACCUGCAGUAACACGAAAGGUUCAUUUGAAUGCGCUUGCCAGAAUGGUUUUACAGGAAAUGGUACUCACUGCUCUGACAUUGAUGAAUGCCGCACUGGAGGAUCAAGUUGCCAUAGCAAUGCAACCUGCAAUAACACGAAAGGUUCAUUUGAAUGCGUUUGCCAGAAUGGUUUCACAGGAAAUGGUACUCACUGCUCUGACAUUGAUGAAUGCCACACUGGAGCGCACAGUUGCCAUGCCAAUGCAACCUGCAAAAACACAAAAGGUUCAUUAGAAUGCGCUUGCCGGAAUGGUUUUACAGGAAAUGGUGCUCACUGCUCUGACAUUGAUGAAUGCCACACUGGAGGACACAGUUGUCACGCCAAUGCAACCUGCAAUAACACGAAAGGUUCAUUUGAAUGCGCUUGCCAGAAUGGUUUUACAGGAAUUGGUACUCACUGCUCUGACAUUGAUGAAUGUCGCACUGGAGGACACAGUUGCCAUGCCAAUGCAACCUGCAAAAACACAAAAGGUUCAUUUGAAUGCGCUUGCCAGAAUGGUUUUACAGGAAAUGGUACUCACUGCUCUGACAUUGAUGAAUGCCACACUGGAGGACACAGUUGCCAUGCCAAUGCAACCUGCAAAAACACAAAAGGUUCAUUUGAAUGCGCUUGCCAGAAUGGUUUUACAGGAGAUGGUACUCACUGCUCUGACAUUGAUGAAUGCCGCACUGGAGGACACAGUUGUCAUGCCAAAGCAACCUGCAAUAACACGAAAGGUUCAUUUGUAUGCGCUUGCCAGAAUGGUUUUAAAAGAAAUGGUACUCAGUGCUGUGACAUUGAUGAAUGCCGCACUGGAGGACACAGUUGUCAUCCCAAUGCAAUCUGCAAUAACACAAAAGGUUCAUUUCAAUGCGCUUGCCAGAAUGGUUUUACAGGAAAUGGUACUCACUGCUCUGACAUUGAUGAAUGCCGCACUGGAGGACACAGUUGUCAUGCCAAUGCAACCUGCAAUAACACGAAAGGUUCAUUUGAAUGCGCUUGCCAGAAUGGUUUUACAGGAAAUGGUACUCACUGCUCUGACAUUGAUGAAUGCCGCACUGGAGGAUCAAGUUGUCAUGGCAAUGCAACCUGCAAUAACACGAAAGGUUCAUUUGAAUGCGCUUGCCAGAAUGGUUUUACAGGAAAUGGUACUCACUGCUCUGACAUUGAUGAAUGCCACACUGGAGCACACAGUUGCCAUGCCAAUGCAACCUGCAAAAACACAAAAGGUUCAUUAGAAUGCGCUUGCCGGAAUGGUUUUACAGGAAAUGGUGCUCACUGCUCUGACAUUGAUGAAUGCCACACUGGAGGACACAGUUGCCAUGCCAACGCAACCUGCAAAAACACAAAAGGUUCAUUAGAAUGCGCUUGCCGGAAUGGUUUUACAGGAAAUGGUACUCACUGCUCUGACAUUGAUGAAUGCCACACUGGAGGACACAGUUGUCACGCCAAUGCAACCUGCAAUAACACGAAAGGUUCAUUUAAAUGCGCUUGCCAGAAUGGUUUUAUAGGAAAUGGUACUCACUGCUCUGACAUUGAUGAAUGCAACACUGGAGGACACAGUUGUCAUGCCAAUGCAACCUGCAAUAACACGAAAGGUUCAUUUGAAUGCGCUUGCCAGAAUGGUUUUACAGGAAAUGGUUCUCACUGCUCUGACAUUGAUGAAUGCCACACUGGAGGACACAGUUGUCAUUCCAAUGCAACCUGCAAUAACACGAAAGGUUCAUUAGAAUGCGCUUGCCAGAAUGGUUUUACAGGAAAUGGUACUCACUGCUCUGACAUUGAUGAAUGUCGCACUGGAGGACACAGUUGUCAUGCCAAUGCAACCUGCAAUAACAGGAAAGGUUCAUUUGAAUGCGCUUGCCAGAAUGGUUUUACAGGAAAUGGUACUCACUGCUCUGACAUUGAUGAAUGCAACACUGGAGGACACAGUUGCCAUGCCAAUGCAACCUGCAAAAACACAAAAGGUUCAUUAGAAUGCGCUUGCCAGAAUGGUUUUACAGGAAAUGGUACUCACUGCUCUGACAUUGAUGAAUGUCGCACUGGAGGACACAGUUGUCAUGCCAAUGCAACCUGCAAUAACAGGAAAGGUUCAUUUGAAUGCGCUUGCCAGAAUGGUUUUACAGGAAAUGGUACUCACUGCUCUGACAUUGAUGAAUGCCACACUGGAGGACACAGUUGUCAUGCCAAUGCAACCUGCAAAAACACAAAAGGUUCAUUAGAAUGCGCUUGCCAUAAUGGUUUAACAGGAAAUGGUACUCAUUGCUCUGACAUUGAUGAAUGCCGCAUUGGAGGACACAGUUGUCAUGCCAAAGCAACCUGCAAUAACAGGAAAGGUUCAUUUGAAUGCGCUUGCCAGAAUGGUUUUACAGGAAAUGGUACUCACUGCUCUGACAUCGAUGAAUGCCGCAUUGGAGGACACAGUUGUCAUGCCAAUGCAACCUGCAAAAACACAAAAGGUUCAUUUGAAUGCGCUUGCCAGAAUGGUUUUACAGGAAAUGGUACUCACUGCUCUGACAUUGAUGAAUGUCGCACUGGAGGACACAGUUGUCAUGCCAAUGCAACCUGCAAUAACACAAAAGGUUCAUUUGAAUGCACUUGCCAGAAUGGUUUUACAGGAAAUGGUACUCAUUGCUCUGACAUUGAUGAAUGCCGUACUGGAGGACACAGUUGUCAUGCCAAUGCAACCUGCAAAAACACAAAAGGUUCAUUUGAAUGCGCUUGCCAGAAUGGUUUUACAGGAAAUGGUACUCGCUGCUCUGACAUUGAUGAAUGCCGCACUGGAGGACACAGUUGUCAUGCCAAAGCAACCUGCAAUAACACGAAAGGUUCAUUUGAAUGCGCUUGCAAGAAUGGUUUUACAGGAAAUGGUACUCACUGCUCUGACAUUGAUGAAUGCCGCACUGGAGGACACAGUUGUCAUGCCAAUGCUACCUGCAAAAACACGAAAGGUUCAUUUGAAUGCGCUUGCCAGAAUGGUUUUACAGGAAAUGAUACUAACUGCUCUGACAUUUCUGAAUGCCAAACUGGAGUACACAGUUGCCAUGCCAACGCAACCUGCAAAAACACAAAAGGUUCAUUAGAAUGCGCUUGCCAGAAUGGUUUUACAGGAAAUGGUACUCACUGCUCUGACAUUGAUGAAUGUCGCACUGGAGGACACAGUUGUCAUGCCAAUGCAACCUGCAACAACACAAAAGGUUCAUUUGAAUGCACUUGCCAGAAUGGUUUUACAGGAAAUGAUACUCACUGCUCUUACAUUUCUGAAUGCAAAACUGGAGUACACAGUUGCCAUGCCAACGCAACCUGCAAAAACACAAAAGGUUCAUUAGAAUGCGCUUGCCAGAAUGGUUUUACAGGAAAUGGUACUCACUGCUCUGACAUUGAUGAAUGUCGCACUGGAGCACACAGUUGUCAUGCCAAUGCAACCUGCAAUAACACAAAAGGUUCAUUUGAAUGCACUUGCCAGAAUGGUUUUACAGGAAAUGGUACUCACUGCUCUGACAUUCAUGAAUGUCGCACUCGAGGACACAGUUGUCAAGCCCAUGCAACCUGCAACAACACAAAAGGUUCAUUUAAAUGCGCUUGCCAGAAUGGUUUUACAGGAAAUGGUACUCACUGCUCUGACAUUGAUGAAUGUCGCACUGGAGGACACAGUUGUCAUGCCAAUGCAACCUGCAAUAACACGAAAGGUUCAUUUGAAUGCACUUGCCAGAAUGGUUUUACAGGAAAUGGUACUCACUGCUCUGACAUUGAUGAAUGUCGCACUGGAGGACACAGUUGUCAUGCCAAUGCAACCUGCAAAAACACAAAAGGUUCAUUAGAAUGCGCUUGCCAGAAUGGUUUUACAGGAAAUGGUACUCACUGCUCUGACAUUGAUGAAUGUCGCACUGGAGGACACAGUUGUCAUGCCAAUGCAACCUGCAACAACACAAAAGGUUCAUUUGAAUGCGCUUGCCAGAAUGGUUUUACAGGAAAUGGUACUCACUGCUCUGACAUUGAUGAAUGUCGCACUGGAGGACACAGUUGUCAUGCCAAUGCAACCUGCAAUCACACGAAAAGUUCAUAUGAAUGCGUUUGCCAGAUUGGUUUUAAAGGAAAUGGUACUCACUGCUCUGACAUUUAUGAAUGCCGCACUGGAGGACAUAGUUGUCAUGCCAAUGCAACCUGCAAAAACACAAAAGGUUCAUUAGAAUGCGCUUGCCAGAAUGGUUUUGCAGGAAAUGGUACUCACUGUUCUGACAUUGAUCAAUGCCGCACUGGAGGACAUAGUUGUCAUGCCAAUGCAACCUGCAAUAACACGAAAGGUUCAUUUGAAUGCGCUUGCCAGAAUGGUUUUACAGGAAAUGGUACUCACUGCUCUGACAUUGAUGAAUGCAACACUGGGGGACACAGUUGCCAUGCCAAUGCAACCUGCAAUAACACGAAAGGUUCAUUUGAAUGCGCUUGCCAGAAUGGUUUUACAGGAAAUGGUACUCACUGCUCUGACAUUGAUGAAUGUCGCAGUGGAGGACACAGUUGUCAUGCCAAUGAAACCUGCAAGAACAAAAAAGGCUCAUUUGAAUGCGCUUGCCUUAAUGGUUUUACAGGAAAUGGUACUCACUGCUCUGACAUUGGGGAAUGCAUAACAGGAAGACACAGUUGUCAUGCCAAUGCAACCUGCAAAAACACAAACGGUUCAUUUGAAUGCGCUUGCAAGAAUGGUUUUACAGGAAAUGGUACUCACUGCUCUGGCAUUGAUGAAUGCAUAACAGGAGGACACAGUUGUCAUGCCAAUUCAACCUGCAAAAACACAAAAGGGUCAUUUGAGUGCGCUUGCCAGAACGGUUUUACAGGAAAUGGUACUCACUGCUCUGAUAUUGAUGAAUGCCGCACUGGAGGACACAGUUGUCAUGCCAAUGCAACCUGCAAAAACACGAAAGGCUCAUUUGAAUGCGUUUUACAGGAUGGCAUUACAGGAAAUGAUACCCAUUUCUCGGACAUUAAGGAGUGCCGGAGAAGAGGACACAGUUGCCAUACAAAUGCAAUCUGCAACAACAAAAAUGGUUCAUUAGAAUGCGCUUGCCAGGAUGGUUUUACAGGAAAUGGUACUCACUGCUCUGACAUUGAUGAAUGCCGCACUGGAGGACACAGUUGUCAUGCCAAUGCAACCUGCCGUAACACAAAUGGGUCUUUCGAAUGUGCUUGCCAGACUGGUUUCACGGGGAAAGGUGUGCCCUGUACCGUUGUCAACCAAUGUAAUGCACCACGCUGCCACCGCAAUGCUUCUUGCACACGUUCUGACGUGUCCUAUAGCUGCAUGUGCAAUGCUGGAUUUAGUGGUAAUGGGCACAGUUGCCAUGACAUUAAUGAAUGUGAUCGUGCAGGUACGUGUGCGGGCAACGCAAACUGUAGCAAUACGGAUGGCAGCUAUUUUUGUCGCUGUGCUGCCGGGUUUACUGGCGAUUCCAACGGCUGUUCUGAUUUGGACGAGUGCACCUCAGGUGGCCAUAACUGCACCGCAUCAUCACCCACGUGUACAAACACACCCGGUGGUUUUAACUGUAGUUGCAGUGGCGGGUUUGCCUUGAGAGUCACUGGGGAAUGUUACAAUGUCAAUGAAUGCAUAGAGGCAGUGCACACUUGCUCAGGUGAAGCGACGUGUACUGACACGGUUGGUUCCUACUCUUGCGAAUGCGAACAAGGGUAUGUAUGGAAUGGACUCGCUUGCAGCAAUGUGAAUGAAUGCAAUGGCAGUCCGUGCGGCAGCUGCAAUUCCCCGGCGGAGGAAAGCGAGUGUGCUGUUUGCGCUUCGUGCGCAGAUACGCAGGGUUCAUACCUGUGUCAAUGUCCGGCGUUCUACAAGUGGACCGGCCACGGCUGCAGUCUUGCAGUGGAUGCAUGCAGUGCAGGGCUGCAUCAAUGCAGCGGCAACAGUACGUGUUCAUCUCUGAAUGGAUCUAGGGCUUUGAACGGAACUCAACAGUGCUAUUCUUGUAUUUGCCUACCGGGCCACUCCGGGAAUGGUACAUUCUGCCAACCACUCGCUGUUCCUGAGAAAGACAAAAAAAAGGUGACAAUCGGCGCGAGCAAUUGGCAAAUAAUGAUCAUCACACUUGGGGUGAUGCUUUUUGCCGUACUGGUCACGCUUUUGAUUGCCACCGUCGUUUCAUCAAAGAAUAGGAGAGGAAGCAUGUCCAUGAAGAAGACGUGGUCUAGUCCAUGGCACAAGUCUGCCGAUGGGACUAUUUACGAUGACGCCGGAGAAUAUGCUUAUAAACAUGAGAGCAAGUAUGAUGCUGCUUACGAGGGCAAGCGCAACAGAGACUAUGCCAUCUGCGAGCCAUCACACGAUGGCCGCUACAGACCAAGCGAAUUUGAAUUUGGCUUUACCAAAAGCAUGGACAGAGAGCAACAGCGACUGCCAUAUGGCGAUUUACCUUCACAGGGCGAAAAAUCCAGACCAAACGAGUUCGAACUGAGCUUCACUAAACAAUUGGACAACGAAGACAAGUCGUUGCCGCCAGUCAAUAUCCUUUCUCAGCAUGAAAAAGUCGGCGAGCCCCCGGAUUCUCCGGCUGGCUAUGGUGCCAGGAGUGCUGACAUUGGAAAACAUUACUUGGUGAAGAACAGCUUCAGCCAGAUAGACUCGCCCCUUGCAAGCCAACAUCAGAUGCUUGGCAGUGUUUGUUCCUCAUUCACCACACUGGUGUCAUCAGCCUCACUAGACACCAUUCAAGGGAUUUAUAAUGGACAAUAUUGCGGCGAGACAUGGGGUCCCGAUGCAGCCAGCAAUGACCCGGAGAAGGAUCGCAGCGCACCUGAGCCAGACCAGACAUCUGCAUCAAACAAACCACACGGUGACGAACAGGAGCAUGGGCAUUCACAACUCGAACAGUGGAAUGCAGAACCUCAGCGGCAGCAGCCGCUGGCAAGGGCCAGCGGCACCCGUUUCAACCCAGUAUCUCUGGUGAAGCGUGUCCUCCAGACGUUUCGGGACCCCUCAGAGGAUUCCGAGGCUAUCUAUGUGAAGGACAUGGACCACUUAGAUCAGACACCGGUGUUAGCAGCGGUGCCUUCCUCAAUCAGUACAUACUCCAUGGUGCCUGAGGGUAAUACUCAUUCUACCUGUGAUACUGGGCACGCCCUCGACAAAACCAAAAUCUUCCAGGAUGCAGAAUGGAUCACAAACGACGAGGACCUUUACACAGAGACGUUCGCUGAUUAUCCAACUUCAGUUAGCAGUGAAGGUGGGCCAGUGUAUGAUACCACCUCGUCUUUCGACAGAAUCCAAGGUGCGACCGCGCAAUUGCGAGGUUUCACAGCACCAACGCUGGGCAAAGUGAAGCGCGUCCACGGACAGUACGUCCUUGAAGCCACUACCGGUCGCCUGGUGCCGCUGAAUGCCUUCGGUGUGCCGAUCGCUGAAGUCCAGCUACAGGACUAUGUCGUGAUGAGCGACCCCGACGAAAGCUGUGCUUUGUUCGACAAUACAACGUCUGACCUGCUGGCAGUUGCCAGUGCCGACGAGAUCAACCAGGCCACCUGGAUUAAACGUGCCACGCUGAGAGAAGAGUUUAGGAACGCGCCAGUUCUCUGCGCGGCUGAUCUGCAGCCCCAGUAUAGCAACGAGCAAGCUGUCGUUAAAGACCCCUCCGGAGACUUUACUUUCAUGAAUGACAAAUUAGGUAUUGCUGUGCCAGUGAGGAGCGUGUUCAGUGGCAGGGUCAACGAGGGCAACUUCCAGGAGCGUCUAGUGGCUGUAGAUCGGUUUGGUUGCUAUGCACUGCUGGAAAAGAGCACGCGUAAUCUGGUAGCUACUUGCCUUGUGUCGGAGAACACCUGCUUAGCAGACAUGACAAUGGAAGACCACGUGGAGUCUAAAGCACCAUCCACCUCCAUGUAUUCAUCGCACCUACCUGGUGAAGUAUACUCUCGCCCAAUACAGCAACUGCAGACAGCAAAGAUACACACCAUCCAGUUACAAAACGUGAUUGAAGACCAAGAGGGACAGUUCGCCUUUGCCACCAAUUAUGGCGCUGUUAUCCCCCUCAGCAUCUUCGCGUCCGUGCCAGGAUUCGACGGCACGUUCACUGCUCAGUGCAGUGUUUGCUCAGUCAAUGACAAGGAAAUCGGCCUAUUUGAACAGGGCUCAACAGCUCCAGUAGCGGUGGUGCGUCUGGACCAAGUCACACAAUAUUUGGCUUCAUCCAGAGUCAAGCCUGAUGUGCAGCAAGUGCGUUCUGUUCAUGAAACUGGAAAAGCCAAGAAGGCAUUGGAAAAGGAUAUGACCGGUCAACUUGCAUUCAAAUCCAAGCGUGGCGUCAGUGUUCCUGUGUCUGUGUUCAACGUAGAAAUUGACACUGAGACUGCAAUGGAGUAUGAGGUCACCGAGACAGAUGUCGGAAUGGUGGCAUUGUUCAACACCGUAACGGGCGAACUGGCCGCCACAGCAGACUGCUCGGAGGCCACUAAGCAAGGCCUGUCGGGGGCAGUGCGCUUCCACGCACAGAAUGCUAGGGCCGUGCUUAUGCAGCAGGAGAAGAUAAGUACACACAACAGGAGCAGUAUAUACAACGAAGUCAGCGGCACCCAAACUGGCUCCACCGUUGACCAGUCCACCACAGAGGAGUUGUAUUCGCUUGUCUCGGGUGACAUGCAGACGCCAGAUAUACGCAGAGCAAAUACUUUGAAGGCUCGUGAUUAUCGUGGAAAACAGGGCCAUUCGCAAAUCUCUGGCCAGUCCACCACAGAAGAGCAGUAUUCUCUUGUCUCGAGUGACAUGCAGACCCCAGAUAUAUGCAGAGCAAAUACUUUGAAGGCUCGAGAGUAUCGUGGAGAACAGGGCCAUUCGCAAAUCUCUGGCCAGUCCACCACAGAGGAGCUGUAUUCUCUUGUUUCGAGUGACAUGCAGACCCCAGAUAUACGCAGAGCAAAUACUUUGAAGGCUCGAGAGUAUCGUGGAGAACAGGGCCAUUCGCAAAUCUCUGGCCAGUCCACCACAGAGGAGCUGUACUCUCUUGUCUCGAGUGACCUGCAGACCCCAGAUAUACGCAGAGCAAAUACUUUGAAGGCUCGAGAGUAUCGUGGAGAACAGGGCCAUUCGCAAAUCUCUGGCCAAUCCGCCCCAGAAGAGUUGUACUCACUUGUCUCCAGGGCUCUGCAGACCACUCAUAUACGCAGAGCAAAUAGUUUGAAGGCGCGUGACUUCCGUGGAAAACAGGGAAUCUCUGGCGCCGCCGCCACCAAGAGCAUUAAUGCUCUCUGUGAGCAAGUCCAGCCGGGAGCAGACGGAUCAGUUGUGAAGCAUGCCACUGAGUUCAGCUCACCACCGGAGAGCAAUGAUAUCCAUGGUAACGGCGCAGCCACUGCUCUCGACGAGAGCCCAGGAAUGUCUACUGAUGGUGCAGACGCUGAUCAUGAUGCAUCUCCACACGACCUAGACUCCGGUGUCCAGGCAUGCAAUGAUAGCCGCUCUGCAGAGCUGUGCAUCGCAUCUGCAAUCAACUAUGCGGCAGCAGCGACCGCCUGCCGUGCCACAGCUGACGACGCGGUGGAGGAGGAGGAUGCGUACGCACUUGUUUCAGCCAGCAAUGCCACGGCCCUGACCAGUCAGGCGACAUUGCGCAAGUCAGUGCGGCUAGCACGGGGUAGGAACACGGACACUGCUGCCACAGCAACGCCACUGCCGGAGGGCGGCUCUGACCUGGACUUGUCUCCACACAAGCAGGAGAGGUCAUUCACCACGUUCUCGUUCACCGGAGUAAGGUUCAAAUCUGCGCCGGCAAAUGGUGAACAAUCAGCCGCUAAAGCACCUGUUUCUAGUACUGACUGUUGACUUGAUCACAAUUGAGAGAAAUGCCUAUGAUAUCCCAAAUGUUCAAUUUCAGAUUUUUCUAUUUCAACUUCCAUAUCUACUCUUUCAAUAACCCAUUAUCACUCGCUCAAUUUCCAUCAUCAAUGAAAUUAUAUUUUUCUUAUGUCCUCACUUUUUUCUUAUAUCCCUUUAAACUCUGCAUAAAACAUUUCAAAUACUCCGUCACCUGUCUAGUGUUUUCUAUCAGCGACUUAGGAAUUUAGUUUUCUCGCAGUAACUUAGCACUUUUGUUUUCUACCAGAAACUUAGCACUUUUGUUUUCUCGCAGGAACUUAGCGCUUUAGUUUUCAAUCAGAAACUUAGCACUUUAGUUUUCUCCCAGGAACAGUUCUACCCGCCAGAC